AUGAUUAAUAAUUACAAUACUGAACGAAACAUUCGAGAAUCAUCUCCCCCACCAGUAAAGCAGAUAUUCUCUUUCACUGAUGAGCAAGGAGCCAUUAUUGAACCUCUUCUCAAUUUGGUUGAAAAGACACUCGAUGAAUUACUUAUUAAUAAUGAAUGUAUGAUUCCUUCCAAGGUCGUAGAGAUCUUUGUUUCUAAACAACAUCCUAUAAAUCCAGAUUUCAGUAAUGCCGACACUAUGUAUUCUCAAUUUCUAAAGUUAAAAAUUCAAGCAAAAAAAUUAGCCAAGCAAAAAAUAAGCCGAGCAAGCAGCCUAGCAACCAAAUCCAGUGAAAAAACUGCCACCGAAACCCAAAAGGAAAUCAAAGAAGCCAAAAAAGAACUAACCCAAGUUCAGGAAGAAUUAACCACCCUCGAAAAUCGGCGAGAAUUGAAGAAACCUUAG